AUGCAGCACUCCUGCAAAUUAUAUACAGAAUCCAUCCAGAAAAGAGAACCCGGGUGUGGUGAACUGAUUUGCAAGAAGAAGAAGAAGAGUACUUACACAGCUCACAGAAGCGUCGUGGUUCAUAAAGAACAUGUCGUCGUGAAGACCAUACAAGAAGUGAAAAUAAAAGAGGAGGAGAAGCCAGCAAGGGUCAAUGAAAAGAUAAGAGGAGGCUUUGUUGGCCAGAAUGCACGAGAAAGGAGCUAUAUUUUGGCCAAAAAGAUAAAAGAGCUGGAGAUGCUGGACGCGUAUAAUAUGGACCAUGUGUUCGAUGUACAAGAAGUUCUACACCACUACUCACACCUUACCAGCCCCGUUUAUUUGGAUAUUGUUGACAAAUUUUUCAUUAACAUGUAUCCUGACUUCUACCUUCCACUGCCCCCCGUUCAUGUUAACAAAUUGAUGAGAAGACUCAACACAGUUAAGGUUUAA